AUGGCACUGGUAAUGUUGCCAUGCGAUCUACCAUGGUGGUCCAAUGUUCAGAAGAAGCUAACCCAGAUAGAAGAGGCGACUUCACUGGACAGUAUUCUCGAAGUAAUGCAGAAGCUGCAUGAGUUGUGCAAUGUUAGUCUCGAUCCGGAUGACGACGGCAAGGAUAAUGCCGUCUUCGAUGGGUUGCGUCACUUCGUCGAGCAAACACUGUCCGAGGAAGAGCGGGCCCACUUUUUGCAGCAUACCGUCAAGCACAUCGCCCGGUACGCACGGGAUCUCAAACUGUACCGUCCACCACGGGGGCUCAGCUUCAGCCUCCAGCAGCAACCGGACAGCUACGAGUUGGGCUACCGGCUGGUGGCGGCCCUGCUGGCAAACGCUUUCUUCUCCACAUUUCCAAAACGUACCGAGAAAACUCAUCCGACGUUACAAGACUUCAAUUUUACUUAUUUUUUUAAAGGUUUAGUAGAUAAUAACACACAAAAAGCGAAAUUCCGCAGUUUUCUAAACUACUUCGAUUCGCUGGUCAGUAACUCAUCAAUGCUAGAAGGAACGCUCAAAGUAAGCCGGAAAGUUCUGACCGGAAAACAAUGGUUAACAAUCGAGGAUUGGCUGGAGUGCGGUCUACCGCUGUGUGACGUAGAGAUUAAACACGAAGGACGACUGGAUAAGGCCAGCUCGGAUACGAUGCAGGCCGUAUUCGCAAAUUCCCGACUAGGUGGCAGUGUUCUAAGUGAGGGAGACACGCAGGAGUCGGUACAGUUUUUCACGUUUCCAGAAUUGUUGGCUGUGCUGUUGUACGUAGAAGCGUUGGAGGAUAAUGAAUCUUUACAAAUUGAGAACGCACACCACAUGGCUCGGAUAAUAGACCCUCGAGGAAGGGCACUGUUCGAGCGAAUUGAACAACCCAAGAGAACCUCCCUGUGUUGCAUCGACGCGGAAAACUAUCGAGCACUUCCCUCGCAGCAGUUCGAAGAAGACGAUAUCUUGCGUGAAUUGAAUAAGUGCCUUUUAGCGUUUAGACAGAAUACUACCUGCCCAGUGGUGGAAGUGAAACCGAGCGAGAAACAACGACCCACACGGUUAGAUCAGUUGGAAACCAACUCUAGUAAGGGACGGCUCUCUCCGAUCGGAGAGCGCGAUCGUGAGGGAUCAACACCCGGAUCUCCUGACGUUUUCACAACUAUUUUCAUUCGACAACCUACACCCAACUCAAAACGUUCCAGCAGUGAUUCUAACAAGCUGGAGAAAGACAUCAACAAGAGACGAUCAUGGCUUUCACCCGAAAGACCAACUGGCAACGGAUCGUCGUUAAAUACCUCUACCGGAUCGACCAGUGGGGUUCUGACAGGCGGUGGACAUCGUGGAAAGUUUAUAAUACUGGGAUCAUCCGGCGAGUGUCUGCCGGUAAAUAGGCAUCCACUCGAAAUAACGACUCGGACGGAUUCAUUUUCCAGCUGCGAAUCCAGUAACGAUGAGUUUCACAGCGCUCGAGGAAGCUUCGAUGAGGAUGAUGAGGAUGGUUUACGGGCGGGGAAGUACGCAACCGAACUGGAUACCCCGGAACGGAGGUACCAUUUUGCUCAAAAACUGCGAGAGGCUUUGCAGGACAAUAAUUCCGUUAGUACGGAGGAUAGUAACUAUGCGGUAGGUAUUAGUGUGGCGGGAUCACAACCCCGAGACCAAGAUUUUCGAGUACGGAGAGGUGGUUCGUGUGGUUUUGUGCUGGACGGUUCGUUAGGAAGUACGUCGGAGGAGCGAGAGUGGUUCGAUCGGUGCAAUCGAAGACCGAAUGGAAUGCUGGAGCGAAAGGAAACCAACGAGUCGUCUCGGUACAGUUUCGAUUCCGAUUUGGGAUCGGAGCUGGAAGAGGUUUACGAAAAGUUUGCCAAGUGGUUAGAGGAGCCGAUUAACAGUGAUAAACCAAAGAAACUGGAUGCACGAGACGAAGCUGUUCUAAGAUUUGCGAAUUCUUUGCUGAAACGAACAUUGAGUGAAAGCUUUGUGGGAAUGCCCCUCACAGAUGAUGGAUUAGUUGAUGACAAAGGAGCCGAGGGAGCUGUGAUCCUCAGUAAUGGAAACCAAAAGAAUAAGGUAGUGUUGAACGUAAGAUCUCUGUCCUUGGAAUUGGCGAAACAUAAGCACAAACUUGCUGCUCAGUUGCGCAAUGAAUACCUGGCGUUGGAGCCGGCCAAACUCUUCAAGUGUCCCAACAUGCAGUUAAAUCAAACUGAUCAGCGGAAACUUCUGCACCGGUUACGUUCUAGUACUUCAGUUUGUUCCACAACGUCUGAUUUGCGUCCUCCGGCGGUCCCACCGAGGGCAAAGAGAAAGACGCGUCGAAGACCUGUCACUGAGCUGCAUCGAUCGUCACUCAAAACUCGCCUACAAAACUACAAACCGAACUGGUCCGUUUCCUACUAUCAAGAUGUUAAAUGCGAUGAUGUUACGUUGAAGAUAUCACAGCUGGCGCAGAAACGGACGUUCAAUAUUAACUUAAGGCCGGUUGCUACUGGAAACUGGGGCUGCGGUGACUCAAGGCGUGGUGAUGUUCAGCUAAAGAUGGUAAUCCAAUGGAUGGCAGCCAGUGUUGCCGGCUUGCCUUACCUGAUAUAUUACACCGCCGGAAGUGAAAAGCUCUCCAAGCUGGACACAAUUUGCCGAGUUUUAAAGGAUCGCAAAUGGACCGUCGGCGAGCUGGCCGCUGCAACUCUAUCGCACGCUAAGGAUAUCCUGGAGGAUCCGCUAUAUUACAACAACGAUCGGAGCUACUGUUCCUUUUUCGACAAACUGAUCGGCUUGGAACGAACAGGAGGGCAAUAA